AUGGGUCAAUCCAAAGAUAUCCCAACCACCAACCACCUCUCUCCUAUGGAGGCGGACUUGGAAGACGGAAUGCUAAUAGUAUCUCCAUUUCCAUGGACUGCACUUCAUCUGGUGAAGCUGAACUUUUGUGCUCUCAGUCUUGUCUUAUUUGCUUCGGCAAAUGGAUAUGACUCGAGUAUGAUCAACAGUUUGCAGUCCUUGUUCCCCUGGGUUUCCUUCAUGUCGAGCCCGACAGGAGCCUGGCUGGGGUUUAUCACCAUUGUAUACUGGAUAGGACUGCUCCUAGCUUACACCGUUGCUCCAUCCAUAUCCGACCGGUUUGGGCGAAAGAUAGGUCUAUAUAUCGGGCUUCUAUUCGUGACUGUCGGAGCAAUACUACAAGGUCUCUCGCCGAAUCCGACCGGCUGGAUUGUUGGACGUGGUCUGGCAGGGUGUGCAGCCUGCUUUUGGAGUUGUAAUGCUCCAGUACUCAUCAGCGAGAUUGCAUACCCGUCGCAUCGAGCAACCGUUAGCUCCUUCUAUCAAUGUGGAUAUUAUGUCGGAAGUACCCUCGCUGCCUGGAUUAUCUACGGUAUGCUGGAUAACUCUUCCUCAUGGAGCUGGCGAAUUCCCUCGCUGCUGCAACUCAUUCUACCACUUUGUACACUGCCUGGUCUCCUGCUCUGUCCAGAGAGUCCUCGGUGGCUCCUAUCGCAGGGACGAGUUGAGGAGGCCCACGCAAUUCUUACAAAGUGGCAUGCUGGGGGUGAUAGGAACAACCCACUUGUCUCUCAGCAAAUGCAUGAGAUUCAGGCUGCUCUUAAGAUUGAGACCGAGUCUGUACAACACACAAGCUACCUCGAUAUGCUGAAGACAAAAGCCAAUCGUCGCCGCCUUGUAAUCACCUUAUCCAUAGCCCUGUUCAGCCAAUGGGGUGGAAAUGGUGUUGUCUCGUUCUAUCUUACCGAGGUCCUCAAAGCCGUCGGCAUCACCAAGUCAAGCGAGCAACUGAUCAUUACAGCUUGCCUUCAGAUAUGGAAUCUUAUCUGCGGAAUUGGCGCGGCCCUCCUGGUGGACCUAGUGGGCAAGCGUUCUCUGUUCCACUCAUCGGCAAUCAUCAUGACCAUCAGCUACAUUAUGAUAACAGCAUUCACCGCGAGCUUUGAAGAAUAUCAUGAACGCUCGGUGGGAACAGCUGUGAUUCCCUUUCUGUUCAUUUAUUUUGCUGGUUACGGAAUCGCCCUGUAG